UCAUCUCUCACACACACUCAACUCACUCGCUCUCUCUAUUCCUUCCUCCUCCUUUCCCUCUCUGCCGCUAACCACCUUCCUCUGCGUCAAACCCACCACUCCCCUCAUUUCUCUCUCUUCCUCACCCUUUUCUCGCUUUCCCCUCCUCCUCUCUCGCCCUCCCAUCGGGAGUUUCUCCUCCAAUGGUGAACCCACCGGAGCUGUACCACAGGAUCCUCAACGUCCCCAGGGAGACCUCGCCGCAGGAAAUCCGCGCCGCCUACAAGUGCCUCGCCAAGAAAUGGCACCCCGACAAGCACCCGCCGUCCUCCAAGCCCGAGGCCGAGGCGCGCUUCAAGGCCAUCACCGAGGCCUACGAGGCGCUCCUGGACCAGCAGGAGAACAGGGCGGUGUUCGGGGCGUGCAACGACGGGCGGGCGUUCGAGAAGCCCUCCUGGACGGUCGGCGGCGGAGGCGGCGCCGGCGCGCGCAUGGCGAGGACGCGCAGCGACGAGUUCUGCAUGAGGAGCGCGCCCGCCACGCCGGCCAGGGAGUUCACCAAGGUGUACAGCUCCGGCAACACGGGCGGGAGGCGCGCCUUCGCCGAGUUCUCCAGCUCCAUCAUGCGCAAGGCGCCGCCGCUGGAGCGCGUCCUGGAGUGCACCCUGGAGGAGCUCUGCCAUGGAUGCAAGAAGCAGGUCAAGUUCACCCGCGACGUCGUCACCAAGAACGGGUCAAUAGUUAAGAAGGAGGUGAGCCAGAUGAUCAUGGUGAAACCAGGGUGGAGGAAAGGGCACAAGGUCACUUUUGAAGGCAUGGGGGACGAGAGACCAGGAUGCCUACCUGCCGAUGCUGUCUUCACCGUGUCCGAGAAGAAACACCCGGUGUUCAAGAGGUCAGGCAACGACCUGGUGCUGAAAGCCGAGGUGCCACUAGUGAGUGCGCUCACUGGUUGGUCAUUCUCAUUCAGGCUUCUGAGCGGCAAGAAGAUCAACUGCUCAUUUCAGGAUGAGAUCAUCUGCCCAGGACGCGAAAAGGUCAUCAGAGGGGAAGGAAUGCCGAUUAUCGAACAGAGAGGCGCACGGGGAGACCUAAGGGUGAAGCUUGAGAUCGUCUUCCCGGAAAAGCUUACUGACGAGCAGCUCACUGGCCUUGCUGAAAUCCUGAAGGACUGCUAUGCCUGAACUUGCAAUGUUAGGGCCCAGCUGUAUCAAGUUCUCUUGGCCUUGUUGUUAAUACUCAGGGCGUGAGUAUAUAAAGAGAUGCAUCCUUGUACAUACAGGUUCUACAUAUAGUUAUAUUAUCAUAUAUGAAAUGUGAGCCAAGCAUUUUGUGGAUACGUACAUGCUUGGCCCAUGAGCUGUAUGUACAUGUCUUUUUUUGCGGGAUUUUGCCUUCUCUUUU